GAAAGCUCUCGGGUAUACGGGUGACGAGGGUCCAGCAGGAGAGGUGAUAUCAAAUACCCCGCGAUCGAGUCAUCCGUUCUGAGACCUAGAAAGAGGGUCUACAGAGCGGCUCUGAUCUGAAGACGUCUUACCCCCGGAGCCUUCCCGGCGCCUUUUGAUGCCCCCCGCAGCGUUGGACGAAAUCUCUCGCCAGCAGACUCAGUCCCUUGGUGACAACAGUUCACUUGUCCAGGACCAGUAUCGAGUGAACCCGGAGCCGGAAUCCACGGGAAAGACGAAGAAGAAGGGGAAGCAUGGUGCCAAGGGAAAGGACAAAACGGCUAAAUGCGCGGCGAAGACGCCUCCGGACGACCUGAGCGAUCCCUCACCACCAGUCCAGACGGAACCCUCAUCGUACCAGAGCGCUCCUUUCGCCCGUACUGCAGGGGAUCCCAUCGUGUCUCCUGUGCUGGAAGCUCUGGGGACGUUGAACGGCCCCCAGGAGAACGACACCGCGUAUCGAACGGACGCGUGGGCCAAGUCCAUCCCCUUUGGAAAGAGCCCGCCAACAGAUCUCAUCGACGGGGCCUUCGUCGGGGAGUCACCGCGCAGCUUUCCUACGAGCUUUCCCACGAGCUUUCCCAUCGCUGCCGAGAGGGGCGGAUUCAGCCAUGUGUCGGCGUCCGCUUCUCCACCCGUUGGAAGAGCAAGACCGUUCAGCUAUGGCAAUGGCCAUUUGAGCGUCGCUACGUCGCGACAGCAGUCAGUAGAGGCGCAGAAGCGACAUUCGAUGGGAAGCCACUUCCAGAUUCAGCCGCCUCUACCGCAUAUGCCUCAGGCCCAUUUCUACGGCGCUCCGGACAUUGACCUACCUGUGUUCUCUGGCCAGAACAGGUCUUCUAGCGAUGGCAGUUACUCAUUCUGUGCUUUCGACACAAUCUCUAGUCCAGCCUUGAAGACAACAAGGAUGGGUGGAAAGGUGUUAGUCGUCGGGGGCGAUGGCUUCCUCGAGGUAUUAGCUAUUGAGGAUCGGAAGACCCGCCCGAUCGGGCGUCUGGUCGGUCUCAGCGGUCGCGUAGUUGAAGCCAAACUACUACCGUGGACUGCUACCACUGACCCAUUCGCGUCUUCGAGACCUCAUGUAGCGGUGAUAGUCCAUGGUCCAGCUGCUCAGAGGGAUGAAGAACGGGCCUCUUCCACCGGUUCAGAGCAGAACGAGAUACUUCCGGGCCUCACUGGAAAGUCCGAGAAGCAUAACAACAAAGAGGAGACACCGUGUUACCAGACGAGAGCAGAAAUAUACUCUCUUCGGACAGGAGAGCACAUCACGACCCUGUUUAUGAGCACACCUAUUCCGUGCUACGACGAUUUCCCGGGCCUGCCUCUCUUUGCCCCAUCACCUGUGGGUAACCUGAAGCUCUAUACUAGUGGUAGCCUUGUCAUUCUUGCCUGUGGUGUCAGCGGUGAGGUCUACAUAUAUGGAGUUGAUUCAUCGUCUCCCGCUGCCGCCUACCGGUGUCUCGCCAAGACUUGGACCAGUAUCCAGUCGAGGGAUUCCCGUCGAUAUUCCACCUCGUCGAGCUCUACCGAUGCGGAUGGCUCUCAGGCAGAUUCUCCGCACGGGUCUGCUUCAUUUGACAGUCCCAUAAUAUCAGUCAGCGGGAGAUGGCUGGCCAUCGUCCCACCUUCAUCCACGUCGAGGGUUCCGCUUCUUGGAACCGUUCCUGCGUCUCUGAUCCAGGGCAAGAUUUACGGACUUGAUACCCAUAUUCCUCCGUUGAGACCUGCUGUAACCUGUGCGACUGACUGUGGUGAGGGCGAAAGCUUCCUAAACAAGGUCGCGAGAGGUGUUACGCAGGAGCUUUUCCGUGGCGCUCGAUGGAUGGGCGACCAAGGUCUCCAAGCCUGGAAUAGCUAUUGGAACAAAGAAGCGCAGGUAUCGCAAUCUGCUUCGUUACGUCGUCCGCCCCAUCUGGCAGAUGUGCCCCAGCAAGGCUACAACAUGUUUCCCCCGACUCAUGCUCAAGAGACGCAAUCUAUGUCACCUGCGGAACCUGAUCUCGUGUCGAUCAUCGAUCUGAAGAGGUUAGAAGAGGGCUCAGAGGUGAAAACUUCGUUCCCGAGUCCAGUUGCUACCUUCCAGGCUCCCAAUGGCUGCAGUUUCGUAUCGUUCUCUCCCAACGGGCUGAUGUUGUUGACGGCAAGCAAAAAGGGAGAUGUGCAGUACGUAUGGGAUCUGAUGCAGAUCAAGUACUGCAGAGCAGCGACUUUCCUUACUGAGGAUCCAGCCCUCGCAGCGGGCAGCUCUCAUGUCAGGCAAAUUGCCAGAUACACGCGGCUGACAACAUCCACUAUUAUCGAUGUUAUCUGGGCCGCUCCCACUGGAGAGCAUCUUGCCAUUAUUACCCGUAAAGGGACCAUUCAUGUUUUCGACAUGCCCAAGAGCGCCUUUCAGUGGCCGCCUCCUCGGCGGGCGCGGAAAGUAUCUCCGAAAUCUCCAGUUGAAGAUGCUUCUCCGGAUGAGAGGUCGGAAGCAGGAAAUCCAGGCAAUCCCUUUUCUGCUGCCAUGAAACUUGUUGGAGGCAAGAGCCAACCCAUCUUGGCUGCCGUUAGAGGACGCGCUCCCAGCGUUGGCCCAGCAUUCCCUGUGGUGAGCACCUUUGGGCUGACCUCUGCUGCUGGGGUCCGAAGUGGCAAGGUGGUUGCUUCUGGUCUAAGUAAAUCUGUCGGUGCUGCUGCUACCGGGACCGUGAAUACGUUACGUCACGCUGGCGAAAACAGGCUGCACCUUUCUGGAUUUUCCAGAGACCCGUCCGCAUCUCGAGUUACUUGGUUCUGUAACAAGGACGAGCGCCUAUUGGGUUUGGUGGAUAAUGGCUCCUUCAAGCUAUACAAAAUCAGGCGAGCAGGACCGUUCCAGAAGAGCCGACAGAGUCAAUCUGUCAUCGGAGGUAAGGUGGCAGAAUUCAAGCUUCCUUCAAACGUUCAGAGUCCCUGCGGACCACUGCACGUCGGGACCUUUAAUACCGAGUCGACAGUUAGUGCAUCUUGGGCGCUACCGACGGCGAAUUCUCACUUCCCUUCUGGUACCAAACUUAAGUCACAGGCUCUUUCGCAGGCCGAAAUUGAGACCAACACUCCUUACCAGCCUUUCCACACCGACCAAAGAGUCAAUCUAUAUGUCUUUUCACCAGAGGUUGAAAUUGGGGAGUCCGGUUUGUUGUCUGGCAAACAGUGGGUUUUUGGUGAGGAUAUUCCUCUCACUAAACUACACGUGCGACCUCCUAGCCAAGGCGACGAUGACGAAGCAGCGGCUCCUGGUCCUCGCGCCGUUGGCGAAAUGGAAAAUCUCAUCAGUUUAGGUAGCGGUGUCGACCAGGUAGAAGAGGUCGUCAUCACAACUCGCCGGAGGAAGAAGCGCGCCGACCCAUACUCGAUGGCGUCGCGUCCGGAUGAGGAUGGAUUUUUUGAGGAUGAUUGUGAAGUGCUGGAUUUUGCCAGAGACCGGGUCUAAAUCGAGACCCAAGACGUCAAUUGAUAGAAGACUUUGCAACAUAUAUGGCGUUGUGGCAGGACUGUUCUUCGUUCGACGUACCAU